AUUUCAUGCAGUUGCCUGUGACAGCUCCUGUUGAGUAAACUGAGACGGGAACAUCUUGUAUCGCCUGUUGUACCUGUACCUGCCACCAUGAGAAGUUGCAUAAGAUCUCUUUGGAUCCCUGUGUAGUUGAUUCAUGUUUCCAAACUCCUUCUUGGAACCUUCACAAGCAGCCAAAAUGAAGUUGAAGCAUAACAUCAACCCUGUUCUGUUACAGUUGAUAAACUUUAUAAUUUUGGUGUACACCCUUGUAACAUACAUUCCAUGGUACAUACUUUCGGGAUCAAAGCAGGCUAUAGAAAAAGCCAAGCAGGUUAAAGCCAGACCUGUGAAUAACAAGGCUGGGGGUGCUUACAGAUCUGUUAACAGCCUACAUUGCUUAGCUUCAGUUUUAUAUCCUGGGUGUGAUACACUUGACAAAGUUUUUAAAUAUGCAAAGACUAAAUUUAAGGACAAAAAACUCUUGGGAACACGUGAAAUCCUGAAAGAGGAAGAUGAAAUCCAGCCAUCCGGAAAAGUUUUUAAAAAGGUCAUCCUUGGCAAGUACACCUGGCUUUCUUAUGAAGAUGUAUACAUUAAAGCUGUUAAUUUUGGAAAUGGCUUAGCAGUGUUGGGUCAGCAACCAAAGACUAACAUCGCUAUCUUCUGUGAGACCAGAGCUGAGUGGAUGAUUGCAGCACAGGCCUGCUUUAUGUGCAACUACCAGCUUGUUACUCUGUACGCCACCCUGGGGGGCCCGGCAAUAGUACAUGGGCUGAAUGAAACGGAGGUGACCACCAUCAUCACUAGUAAAGAACUGAUGCAAACAAAAUUGAAGGAAAUUGUAUCUCAAGUUCCACUGCUACGACACAUUAUUACAGUGGAUGGCAAACCAACAAUGUGGUCAGAGUUUCCCAAGGGUGUCAUUGUUCACACGAUGGCAUCUGUGCAAGCCAUGGGGGCCAAGGCAGAUGCUGGAAACAAACAGCCGUCCAGGCCUGUGCCCUCGGAUAUUGCAGUGAUCAUGUACACAAGUGGAUCCACAGGAAUUCCCAAAGGAGUCAUGAUCUCCCAUUGCAACAUAAUUGCUGGGAUAACUGGAAUGGCUGAGAGGAUUCCAAACCUGGGGGAAAAAGACAUCUAUAUUGGCUACUUGCCUCUUGCCCAUGUUCUGGAGCUGAGUGCUGAACUUGUGUGUCUGUCUCACGGGUGCCGCAUCGGUUACUCCUCACCUCAGACAUUGGCUGACCAGUCCUCUAAAAUAAAGAAAGGAAGCAAAGGUGAUGUUACUACACUUAAACCAACCCUAAUGGCAGCUGUCCCGGAAAUUAUGGAUCGGAUCUACAAAAAUGUCAUGAAUAAAGUGAAUGAAAUGACAAGUUUCCAGCGGAAUCUAUUUAUAUUGGCCUACAAUUACAAAAUGGAACAGAUUUCCAAAGGUUACACUACCCCACUCUGCGAUAGCCUUAUCUUCCGGAAAGUCCGAAUGCUGCUAGGGGGGAAAAUCCGCAUCCUGCUUUGUGGAGGAGCUCCGCUCUCGGCAGCCACGCAGCGGUUCAUGAACAUCUGUUUCUGCUGCCCUGUGGGACAGGGGUACGGGCUGACGGAAUCGGCUGGAGCCGGAACGAUCACGGAAGUUUGGGACUACACUACAGGAAGAGUGGGAGCACCUUUGGUCUGUUGUGAAAUAAAGUUAAUGAACUGGGAAGAAGGUGGCUAUUACAACACUGAUAAACCAUAUCCUAGAGGCGAGAUCCUUAUUGGAGGGCAGAAUGUGACUGCAGGCUACUACAAAAACGAAGCACGAACCAAAAAAGAUUUCACUGUUGAUGAGAAUGGGCAGAGGUGGCUCCAUACUGGAGACAUUGGAGAGUUUCAUCAUGAUGGGUGUCUAAAAAUUAUUGAUCGCAAAAAAGAUCUUGUAAAACUGCAGGCAGGAGAGUAUGUUUCUCUUGGCAAAGUAGAAGCAGCUCUGAAGAAUCUCCCUCUGGUAGAUAAUAUUUGUGUGUAUGCAAGCAGUUUCCAUUCUUAUGUCAUUGGAUUUGUUGUGCCAAAUCAAAAGGAGCUCGCAGAACUAGCUCGAAAAAAAGGAUUUAAAGGAACCUGGGAAGAGAUCUGUAACAGUCCUGAGAUGGAAAAAGAGGUACUGAAGGUGCUAGCUGAGGCUGCCAUGGCAGCUAAUCUGGAGAAGUUUGAAAUCCCAGUGAAGAUUCGUUUGAGCCCUGAUCCUUGGACCCCAGAGACUGGUCUGGUGACAGAUGCGUUCAAGCUCAAACGCAAAGAGCUCACGGCGCACUAUCAAAUGGACAUUGAUCGAAUGUAUGGAAAAAAUGUAAAAUAAUUCUCCUCUGCACCACUUUGCUACGAUGAGCUUGGAUCAAAUAGGAAAUACUUGAAUUGCCUGUCUCAACUCAGCACUUGAGAUCAACACACAAAACCACCAUUCCUCAUUUCCAGCUUAAACUGUUAUUUCCGAUGACAUCACUAUGAUGACUGGCAAGUUUAGUAAAUUGUUACGGCAGCAAACUUGUGUCUGUCUCCUUUUUUUCCAGUUUUCUCUGCUACCUUGUCAGUCUGUGGAUUUUCCCAGGUCUUUUUGGGAAACCAUGAUUCUGAAGCCUCAAAUUUUUAAAUGUUUAUAAAUCCUGUAUAAUGUUUUAUUUGUAUCUUUAAAAUUUGGAUGUAUAUAGAGAGAACUUGGCUAUAUAAGAAAUGGUUAUACUGGGGGCCUUUUUUUACCUAAUUAUUUAAAGAUAAGGUAUUGAUGUUGUGACAUUAUGUACAUUGAAAAUGCUUGUAACAAGAUAAUUGUUGAACAGAGAACCAGGUUAUUUGCUGCUGUGCUGUUCUUCUGUGUAAAUCUGAGGGAGAACAUGUUUGGCAUUCCAGCUUGAGUAAUACACCUUCAAUAUGUGCCUAAUGGUUACUUUUAUUUUUAUCUGAAAAUGGAAAGAUGGUCAUGGCACAACUCUGCAUCAAGGCGGGUGUUAGUUAAAGCUCGUUUAAUACAGAAAUCGCUAUUAACACAGCAGAUGUUAAACCUAAGAAUAAUCUCUCAGAUACAGAAAUUCCUUUCUUAAAUAGCUCAUGACCAUUUCAUUCAGAGCUGAGUUGUGUAGUGCUAAUAUGAACUCUCAGCAUUGUUUUCACUUAACACUUUACAGGUUGGACAGUGUCCUUUUAGCAGAGGGACUCUUAACAACUUUUAGAUUUGGACAUUACACUGGGUUUGCUCUUUUUUUGUUUGUGAAAGUCUGGCAAGACCCCUGCUCUGCCCUAGCUGCAACCCAAAUCUUCCUGGGGGGAUUUUUAAAGUCAUAAUGACAGUUAUGUUCUCAGCUCACACAGUGCCUAGCUGCCCUUUGUGCCAUUAAAAAUCUCCCUUUGAUGCUGUGUUCUUUUGUUUAGCACUUUUUGCUUUAAAAACAGGUAUUUGAAGCAUUUGUCAGCCAGAGUUAUGUUGCUUGGUUUGUUACACCAAAUUCUUAUUUUGGGAAGGAACCUCAAUUUUUGUUUCACUAGAGAUAUAUGGAUAUUGUUUGAAGAAAUGUGUGGGAACUUUUCUUCAAUGAGAGUGUUUAGAUUUAUUUCAGGUGUGAAUUUUAUUUUCAAAAUAUUUCUGGAAAGAAUAUUCACGGUUACAUGAGAAUGUGAGAAGGCAUACAUCAGUCAACCUUGUGAUGGAGCAAAUAUUAAAAUGGCUUUAAUUUGGAGAUUACUUUCAUGUGUAUCCUUUACUUGUAGUACUAAAAAUCAGGGACCUCAUGCUCACUUAGUCCCCUGCUAUAGUAGCACAUAGCAAUGCUGAAGGGCAGAAGCUUUGUUUGGGGGAAGGAGUUGCUGCCUGUUAGUGUUUGUGACAUGGAGUUCUGGGAGCUAUUGGAUGUGCAAAUUCUCAUUUAAAAAAACCUCUGAGAUAUUCUUUAACACUUUCCAAUGACUGUAGAAAGCAGUUUCCUAGGAGUUGAAAGUUAUCAAGCAGGUUCCCUGUACUUCAGUUUUGAUGAAAUGAUAAGGUAGUUUGUGCUAUUCAUGGGUUUCUCCUGCUGCUGUCCAUGAAAAACUGUUAACAUUUGGUGAAUCUUGGUGUAAGUAAUCAAAUGGAUAGAUAAGCAUCAAAAAGAAAUUGGAACCGUAUUUAUGAGAUUACUGCCUUCAGAUAUCUAGAUCACAAAUGAAAUGUUGAAAAAUGACUGAAGAAUCCAACUGUGGGAAAAUUGCCAAGGCUGUAGGGAAGUGUCACACCAUUUAUUAGACAUUGCUAAUAUUAAAUAUGUAUCUCUUCUCCGUCUUAAAUUCUUAAAUAGUUCACACUCAGCACAAACUGUACGUUGUUCAAAUAUUUUUUUGUGAUUUUUUUUUCUAGUGAAAAUUAAUAAAUUGCUGAAGUAUUAUGUAUAUCACUUGGUGCAUUGUGCAGCAGAUGUAAGAAAACAAAUCUGCUUUGGUUAAAGAAAUCUGAAGUUAAUAUUUUGUUCUGCUAAGGGUUUAAAUCCAUUUUGGAGAAAUUGCAUAAAUGAAACUUUUAAAAUUGUUUGGAAAUAGUAGUUUCAAUUUUUCUUCUAAUCCAGUCACAAGAUGGGGUUGCAGUCUAACUAUGCAUUUUUUAUUUUAUAGUUCAGGUCUGUUUAUGUUUAAAAUGGAUGUGAUAUAUAUAGUUCUUCCUUUAUUAAACAUCAGAUUCAUUGUGCACAUUUAUUUCUUCAACAGAAUGUGAAACUAAAGCAGUUCAUUAAGACUAGUCUCAGUGUUGGGGAUAGAAAGACUUUUAAAAAUACUUGUGAUGAGUAUGUUUUUGCUUUUGAUUUAUAACAAAAGACAGAUUCCAAUACUGCUAGAAUGAAUACUUCCAUGUCCCAUUGAGGCUGCCUGUCCCGUGGGUGCCCUCACUUCCUGGGAAGUGACUGGGGCUGGGAAGGGAUGGUAAAUCAGGUUGCAGUUCAGGUGUGGGGCUUCCUUGCGCUGGUGGCCCUGGUUCUGUAGGCUGCCAAGCCUGCCAGGUACUUCUGGCUGCCACCACGUGCUCUCACAUUGCUGAGCAGAAGGACAACUGUAGAGGACUUUGUUGAAACCCUGCAGAGAUGCACUCCUUGCCAGCUGGGAAUUUGCCUAGGCUCUCUCCAUAUUUUUUUUUUCCUGGUGUGUCUUCCCAUGCCCAGUGUAACAGGAACAAAAGUACCUGCUGGAAUGUACUGCACGUGUCCCCAGGGCUGCCGACAGCUGUACAGUAACUUAGAGUAGUGCAUGGUUGGAAGUAAUGGUCAUGUGGAGAAUUUUGUAAUGGAAAGAGCUGUAACUUUAUACAAUCUGAGUUCAAACUAAGAACAAGGGGCAUAUACCUCACCUGAAGGGCCCCCAAAAGAGGGGGAUUUUUAACAAAACUUUUGUAAAUACAAGCUUCCCAGGUCUUUGAAUCAUUGGAAUUGUUACUACUUACUCUGUUAUGAAAAUUUACAUAAUAUCAUUAUUAAAAUGAUUGACUAAGAAAUUCCAAGGAUCCUGUGAAUCUCCUUUAAAUUUCCACAAUUACUUAAAAAGUUUUCAGGACUUUAGGCUAAAUUCACUUUAGAUCCAUAAGUGUUCUUUGCAGAGGAUAGUGGUUCUGGGGUAGGUAGGAACUUUAAAAGUUACAUGUCAGAGAAGACAGUGCAAGUUCACUGCUGCUGCUGCAGGUCACACAGAGGCAGGGGCACACCUCCAUGGGAGCUGUGGUGAGCAGUAAAAGACUGUGCUGAAAUGAAAGCAAAAAGCAACAUGCAAAUGGAGCUAAGGACAUAACGCAUACCUACGUCCCACUGGUUUAUAGACAGGAUGCAGAGAAGGGUAUGGAGUCAAAACCAUACAUUAAGAACACCUUGUAAAACUCAAGUUUGUGCAGAAAUUGCUAUAGGACAUGAAACUCCUUUGCAAUAACCUUUGUUCUGCUAAAAUUCAGACUUUUUAUUCUGUACUAAAAUUACAUUUAGGCAAUGCAAUGCAGCAUUUUUAAUUUCUAUUAAUGUGAUGUAUUAAUUACUUUGGACUCAGUAUAAAAUUGUGUACAUCUGUUUCUUUACUGGCAGGAGGAACAAUCUUCAACUUGUGUACACCUUGGACCAGGCUGAAAUGUUAAUUAAAUGACCAGUUGUAUAUUAUUGUAAUGGGUUAUUUAAUGUAAACUCAUUUUCAAUGUGGUCUUGGUUGUUACUAUGAACUGCCUGAACGUUGUAUAUCCUAAUUGAGUUAUAUUGUAUGAAUUAUUUAUUUGUAAUUGGAUAUCAUGUUUCAAAAAUAAAAUUAAUUUCACAAAUCUGGA